AUGAUAGAUACUAUUUCUUCAACGGUUCAUGAAAAAAUAAAAUCGGACAAAAAUAAUUAUAAAUAUGAUUGCAAAUUAUCGACUAAUGAUGAAGAUGAUCUUCAAUCAGAAGAAUUCGAAGAAACACCUCUCUACGCUGCUGUUCUUACUUAUAUUAGUUAUGCUAUUCUUUGUUUAUUCGGUUGGUUACGAGAUUUUUUGCGGCAAUCAAAUAUUGAAACAAAACGUGGUGCUAUCGAUCCAAAUGCUUCAUUGGGGUUUGUACCACUUUAUCAAAGUUAUGAGUCAUUUUAUACACGAAAUAUGUACACACGUGUUCGAGAUAUUUUUAAUCGUCCAAUUGCAAGUGUUCCCGGUCCACAAUUCGAACUAACAGAACGACUUUCCGAUGAUUAUAAUUGGACGUACAGAUUUACAGGCAAAACAAUUCGUGCAAUUAAUUUAGGUUCAUAUAAUUAUUUGGGUUUUGCUGAAAAAACUGGCCCAUGUGCGACGGAGUCGAUAAGUGCAAUAAAAUCCUUCGGUAUUGCAACUUGUAGUACAAGUUCUGAAACAGGUACUCAACGAUAUCAAAUUGAACUUGAGCAGCUUCUCACUGAAUUUCUCGGCGUUGAAAGUUGCAUUGCCUUCGGCAUGGGCUUCGCAACAAAUGCAUUAAAUAUCCCAGUGAUGGCCUCGAAAGGAGAUUUAAUUUUAAGCGAUGAAUUAAAUCAUGUAUCACUUAUAUUAGGCAUUCGUUUAUCAGGCGCUUCCUCUCAAACAUUUGCACAUAACGAUAUGAAUGAUUUGGAAAAAAAAUUACGUGCAGCCAUUGUUCAAGGACAUCCACGUACGAAUAGACCAUGGAAGAAAAUAAUUAUUGUAGUCGAAGGUGUCUAUAGUAUGGAAGGAUCCAUUUGUCGAUUACCACAAUUAAUUGAACUUAAAAAGAAAUACAAAGCAUAUUUAUAUAUGGAUGAAGCACAUUCUAUUGGUGCAAUGGGUAAACAUGGGCGAGGUAUUGUUGAUUACUUCAAUGUGGAUACGAAAGAUGUUGAUAUUUUAAUGGGAACAUUUACAAAAAGUUUUGGAUCAGCAGGUGGUUAUAUUGCAGGAAAGAAGUCACUCAUCGAUCAUAUUCGUAUUAAUUCUCAUGCAAAUAACUAUGCAACUAGUAUGUCAGCACCUAUUGUUCAACAAAUAAUAUCAUCUCUUCACCUGCUAAAUGGUCCCGAAGGCAAAAAGCGUAUUUAUCAAUUAGCGGAUAAUACACGUUACUUUCGACAGAAAUUAGUUGAUAUGGGUUUUAUUAUUUAUGGUAAUAAAAAUUCACCUGUUGUUCCCAUGUUACUUUAUAUGCCUGCACGAGUUACUCGCUUUAAUCGUGAAAUGUUACGUCGUGGUAUUGCUGUUGUUACUGUUGGAUUUCCAGCCACAAAAUUAUUAGAAGCUCGUGUACGUUUUUGUUUAUCAGCUGCUCAUACACGUCAAAUGUUGGAUGCUGCUUUAAAGGCAAUUGAUGAAGUCGGUACCGAUAUAUCAAUACGUUAUUCAACAAGACACGAGCAUAGACGACUAAGAGAUAUUUCAAGCGAGAAAUAG